AUUCGGGGAGUUGUAGUUUUGGCGCGUCAUUGGGAAGCGUCUGAAAACUACCCUCCCCGGCGCCGAGCGGCGGGAGACGGGAGCGGGCGGGGCCGGUGCUGCGCUUGGCAGCACAGACACGCUGGGGACUGACGGGGGCACCCCGCGCUUGCUGCCGGACCCAGGAAUUAGAAGGAAUUCGAGCUUUUCCCAAGAAAUAAAAAUGUCCCCAGAUUCAGCCGCUUCUUCCUCUUCCCCAGCGACGAGACUCUCCUCCAAUGCUUUUCAAAUUCACAAUGUCUGCCGCCUUCUAACCAGGCGAUCUCACGGAUUUUAUACAAAAGAUGCAGGGGUCGCCCACAGAAAAAACCUGGGAAUCCUAAGAAAGCUAGUGUGUCAGGAAAGUACUAAAUUCAAGAAUGUUUGGACAACUCAUUCCACAUCUCCUAUUGCUUAUGAGCGUGGAAGAAUUUAUUUUGACAAUUAUCGGUGCUGUGUGAGCAGCAUUGCACGAGAGCCAAGAAUACUUUAUCAACUGCCAGCAUGUUCUAAAUCAGAAAAAAUAGAGGAUGCAUUAUUAUUGGAAUGCCCGUUGGGGGAAACGCUUCCCAGUCCACCAGACUAUAAAUCUUCUCUUGCAGUUUUGACUGCUCAUAACUGGCUCCUUCGUCUCUCUGCUAAUACUGGAGAAAUACUGGAAAAAAUAUACCUUCCACCCUACUGCAAAUUCAGGUAUCUGAGCUGGGACACUCCUCAGGAGAUUAUGGUUGUCAAGUCAGCUCAGCAUAAAUUUACAGCAGCAGCACAGCAGGCAGGCAUCCAGCAGUCUGUGCUAUUCUUUCUUGCUGUAUUCAGAGUUCUACCUCUGAAAUUUAUUGGAAUGCUGGAGAUAAACAAAAAAAUAUUUGGGAACAAUGUAACAGAUGUCGCUUUUUCUCAUGGAAUGCUGAUUGUGAUGUCUAGCGUGGGUCUGGUCAAGCUCUAUAGCUUCCAGUCUAUCUUUGAGCAGUUCACAGAGCAGCAAUUUGAUUUGGGAUGCAAAUGCAACUGGAAUGGUAAAGUUGGAAUUGUAGGAAAGUAUCCAUUUGGACUUCCUUGUAACAUUAAAAUAACAGAUACCCCACCUUUGCUAUUUGAAGUGUCUUCCCUGGAGAACUCAUUUCAAAUUGGAGGAUACCCUUGGCAUUACAUCAUCACACCUAACAAGAAAAAGCAUAAAGGAGUCUUCCAUAUUUGUGCUCUGAAAGACAAUGCUUUGGCAAAAAAUGGAAUACAGGAUAUGAAGUGCUGUUCAUUAGAACCCGACUGGAUAUAUUUCCAUCCAGAUACUUCAGGCAGAAUAAUCCACGUGGGACCAAAUUUGAUAAAAAUAUUGAAGCUGAAGGAAAUUGAAAAUAAUAAAUACCAACAAGAAAUUGCAGAAGAUUUUGUCAUCGUGGCCAACAGGCAGAACAAUGUGAACAACUCAGUAACUGUAACUGCUUCUGGCCGAGUAGUGAAAAAGCGUUUUAACCUGCUGGAUGAUGACCCAGAACAAGAGACUUUCAAAAUUGUGGACUAUGAAGAUGAGCUGGAUUUGUUAUCCGUUGUGGCAGUUACUCAGAUAGGAGCUGAUGGGAAAGCUCACCUUGACUUGCACUGUAAUGAACAUGGGAUUCUACUUAAGAGUAUUCCAUUAGUGGAAUCUUGGGAUGUGACUUACAAUCACGAAGUUUACUUUGAUAGAGACAUUGUGUUACAUAUAGAACAAAAGCCUAACAGGAUCUUCAUCUGUUAUCUUUACCAAAUGGUCUGUGAUAGUGCAGAGGAAGAUGAACAUUCAAGCCUUGAAAAAGUGGAGAGAGUUUUUUGUAAAAAAGGGGAGAGAAUUUUUGAAUGUUUUUAAGAGAGAAAGACUUCUGCAUAGACUUCACUCUACACAAUAUCCAUGGACUUUGUCUCUUUGGACUAGUCAAAUAUUAUGUUUCAACCACUGUGUGUUAAAAUGUAUAUUUUGAGCUUAAGUAUUUGUAUUACUGUCAGGGUUUUUUAAUUUCUCUUUUGCAUAUAAAGAUAGUUGUAUGUAUUUUUAUAGACCACAAUUUAACUUCAUUUAUUUACCUUUUACUUUUGCUACUGAUUAUGAUAUUGUAACACAAAUAAUGAUCAGAUUUGUUGCCCUUUUCCACCAACCAAUCUGAUUGAAAUACUAGGUAUCAGGCACAAGGCCUUGAACUUACUGACAUCCAUACUAUUCCAUAUUCUCUUUUAGUUAUGCUUGGAUCUUACAUUGUAACUUUCUUUUAAUUAGUCUAUAUUAAAGUUUUUUAGGAUAAAAUUAUAUAUAGAAUAAUGUGGUUGACAGCUCCAGGGCCUCCGCUACCACUGGCAAAACAUACUUGUAUUGAUACUAUCUAAUAUUGGAAUCCAUAUAUCACCUUUUUAAUUCAAUUUUAAAGAGUCAUUGCUUAGGGACAUUAAUUGUGUAUAUUAAAAUAGAAGAUUUAAACAAUAUGAAUCUGAACCCAACAAAUAUUUAAACAUUCAAAAUACAACUGCACCUUGCAGUACCUAGGCUGUUUCGGUGGAUAUUUUGUAUUUUAUUAUCCAAUAUAAAACAGGUCCAGAAAGACAGUGCUUAUGUUACAUGUAGAAGUAGUUCAGGGUCUUUUGAAUGUGAAAGUAGUUGAGACCGCCUACAGAUCCAGGAUGAGGGCUGUGGUUGACAAAUCCACUACUCAGGCACAGUGGAACUGCCAAACACAAGGACAAAGCUCCUCUGCAGGAGACAGGGUUUUCCUCAAGGUCUGGUCCCAUGCUGUGGAACGAAUUCCCACAGGAAGUAAGGACCACCAUAAACCUGACCACCUUUCACUCCACGUGCAAGGCAUGCUUCAACUUGUCUUCUCUUAUAUAAACACACAGCAUCUUGUAGAUAUUUUAAACAAAAUCUACCAAACAAAAACACUACACCACACACACAAUUCUGUCCUGAGGAGAGAAUAAGAGGAUGAAUCGCAUGUGACAGAUGUUUGUUACAUCAUUUAAUGCACUACUUGAAGGUGCUAAGAUACUACAGUGAUGAAUGCAGUAUAAGAACCUACAUAGAAUAGAAUUUUAAUCAAUAAUAACUGGGAUCUAUUCUGAAAUAGUAGCGGUAUCAAUAUAGACAUAGCAAUCCUGCCAGAUGUUAAAUUAUCUUAAUAGAUGCCAAUGGGAAGUAAUAAGUAAGAGUCAUUAGUGAGACCUGGAAAAAUGUCACAUGGGCUGAAGAAAAGAAAAACUAAAGAUAUUUCGUAGGCAGUAGACCAAUCUCCAAGUACCCAAAAAACUUACAUCUCUGCCAGGGCAGUUAAGAGUUACACAAAGAGGGUUUAAAAAACCCAAAAUGUAAGUCUCUUUCCCCUUAUUGGUUUUAGAGUUGAUUAACAAUAGACUAUUUGAUCAUCAAAAGGGCACCGUACAUAUUGCAUUACUCUUCUGUGACACAGAGGCCCCAUGCAACCCUGAACAACUAGCUAUGGCAGGAAGCAAUAAAGGCAGUGUUGUGGAAAAAUUGACCACACCGUUGAUUUUGGGUCAGACACAGCCUUGAGGCUCCUUUAUUAGAAUACAAAUAUGCAUAUAGGGAAGGUCAGCGUGGCCCCACGCACGGGGUCAGCUGCCUUGUCUUUAACAGAUUUUCACCAAACUUAUAAAGGCUAAAACCACAAAGCAUAAUUACACAUCACACACAUUAUACUUUAUUAACUCCUUAUUUGGCAUACUUUCUUACUUUAGCGAGCCUGUCACUGCCCCUCACCAUCUAGGGUUUUUCCUGUUAUUGUCCCAAAUGUGGUUUUCAUUGGUAGUCUGCCUGCCUUUGGACCCCUGCUUGCGGUUACUUCUGCAAAAGAUCUUGCUAGACUCUGCGUAUUACAGCUGGGCACCUUAGGGCCGCUUGGUUCCUCUUUUCUGCUUUACUUCCUGGUGCCCUUUAUACAGACAAACACAUUUUGCAGAAGUAUUAAACCCAUUGCUUAUAUAUGCUAGUAGGGCAAGGGGUUAAGGCCUACAAAUUACGCCAAGCAGCAACGGGGGGGUUAAGGUGCGCUUAAAAUUCUGGGCCUAUAAGCGGGGUGGGGGGAUAUUUUCCCUAUCAGCAGAGACGCACAGGAACUUCCUCAGAGUGCCAACUGGGCAGAGCUGGUAUUGAAUCUGUCUCCCUGGCAAUCUUAUGGCAGAUCUGCAGAGUUAUCUAAAAAAACCCCACUCAACCUUUUCUUGACACUUUUUUUCACUUUUUGUUUUCCAAAUUGGUGUUUUGUGAUCAUUACGUGUGGUCAAAGCACUUCUCUGAAUGAGAAAUUUCUAUUUCCAAUUGUAAAGUCUUCAUUAGCCUAUUGUACAUUGUACAGUGGAGUCAGCUGUUGAUCUGUUGAUGUUUGCAUGGGUUUGUGACGCUUUACAAAGACUGUGUACAGGGACAGGAACUAUUGUCAAUUAACAACAAGUAAGCAGAACAUUUGCACUUCUAUUUAUCAAUUUAGAUCAAUUUAUAGUUCCAGAAAUGUUCUUGUGAUCUAACAGUAUCCGAAUGCCAAAGGGCAAGGGGAUCACUGGUAUCUGGUAGUGAGUUUCAACUGCCCUGAUCAGUUGAAUGUACCCCAAUUCACAGAUGUGAUAACUUGUAAGUAAAAGGUGGCAGAUACGAUAUCAAUAGAGCGCUAAUAACAUACUGAUCAUUAAUAUUAUUGUGUGGUGUACAGAGGACAAAUUCAAAAUUUCAAACAUAUUGAAAGUUAUGUUAUUAAAGUCUGUCUGCCAACAGACAAAGUAAGGUGGUUUUGCCACCUUGAAGAUAUUUCCAAGGUACAUUGAGAGAAUAUUGGCCUGCAGUUUACAUAGAUGAUAAAACAGGACCAUCAAGACAACAGGGGAGAAGGCUGCAGGAAACAUCAAUUUGCAAUUUAGCAAACACCAGUGGGUGGGUAAGAAACCAGCAAGGAACUUUCACCAGCAGACUCUAUGUCACCUUCCUGACACCUUGAAUGAAAUUUACGUUGUGGGGAGUAAUCUUCAGAAGAAUCUAUUUCAAAGGUUCACUGGACUAUACAGGAACGGGACAAAGAACCCCAAGUUUUAUUUCAUCUAAGAUGACAAAGGAACUGAGCACUUAGGACUUUGUAGGAGAUAUUGACCAGAGGGGUUAGUCAGCCAUCUUGCUGGAAGGUAGAAAGAUGAGACUCUUCCCUUGAACCAAGACUGUAGUUUUGUUAAGUCAGUCUCUAAAAAGUGUUUUUCGCUUUUAUUUGCUUGUAUCCAUUUCCAACUCUAUCCUUUAUAUUUGAACUCACUUAAAAUCUCUUUUUGUUAAUAAACUUGUUUUACUUUUAAUAAA